GAGCUGUAAUUAGUUGACUAUUUGAAAUCGCGAAGAGAAGAAGUGUUUAUUAAAAUAAAAUUAAUAAAAAUAUUUGUUUUCAAAUUUACUUUUACUUAAUAAUAUCAUUUGAUUAACAAAAAAAUUAAUUUGUUUUUAAAAAAUGACCACAGAAAUAUCGAUUGUUCCCAAAACUAUAAAUCCCGACAUUGCCAAAGAACGUCAGAAUGCCACAGUUAAUAGUGAAGAAAUUGCUCAAUGGUUUUAUGGCGGUGCUGAAAAAUUAAAAACAAAACGUGAACUUGAACACAUUCUCUUCGAUGAUCUUGAAAAGGGUUAUGGUCUCAAACAUGAAUACCUUGAUCAUGUGGGUGUUUAUAAUCGAGCCGUUUGAGCAAGUAACUAGCACAGCUAAAAAAUUACGCAAAUUACAACAAGAACGUAAUCCGGGAGGAGAUGAAAUAUGGCCAAAAAUGUUAUAUGGUCUUCACAGUCAUGGUCUAUUUCCUGCCAAUAGUCCCCUCUCCACUCACAUCACAAUGUUUGUGGAUGUUAUAAAAGGUCAAGGUACCCCCGAACAAAUUGAGAAAUGGGGUAAAGCUGCUGAGAAUUGUAAUAUAAUUGGUACCUAUGCUCAAACUGAACUGGCGCAUGGCACCAAUGUCAGAGGUAUACAAACACGAGCAGAUUAUGAUCGUAAUACGGAAGAGUUUGUUUUGAAUACACCUUGCUUGCAGGCCUACAAAUGGUGGCCAGGAGGAUUGGGUCAUACUGCUAAUCAUGCCAUGGUUGUGGCACAACUCUACAUUGAUGGCCAGCAUAAAGGUAUACAAAUGUUUAUUGUGCAAUUGCGUGAUUUGGAGACACAUAUGCCUUUGCCCGGCAUCGAUAUUGGUGAGAUUGGUAAAAAGGUGGGCAUGGCUGCUGUUAAUCAAGGCUUCCUGGGUCUGAAAAAUGUACGCAUUCCACGCACGAAUAUGUUAAUGAAAAAUGCUAAAGUUAUGCCAGAUGGUUCAUUUCAACAAAGUCCUGCCUCAAAAUUGUCCUACAUGACUAUGGUCUAUACGAGAUGUUUAUAG